CAAAUCAAAAAUAAGAAGAGAAACAAAAUUUAUGAGGCUACAAAGAUGGUAACUGAGAUAACUGGGGCAACUGAUGCAUGUCAAGGGGACUCAGGGGGUCCCUUAGUUACAUUGCAAGAUCCUAGUCGACCAAACAAGACAGUUCUUAUCGGAGUAAUAAGCCGAGGAGAAGGAUGUGCUAUGAAUGGAUUUACAGCCACAUAUACUAGGGUAUCCGCUUUCUACAACUGGAUUGUUGAUUCGAUCCAACAGGAAGAUGAAAAAUACUGGAAGUGCAAAAAAUAAGGUUUCUACAGUGAAUUGAACAGCACUGUUGUUCUAAUAACAGAAAAAUAAAUAAAUAUGAAAUAAAAUGU